AUGCUGUCUACACUUCUCAUUUUUGCCUUUUUCCUGCCCUGCUGUUUGUCCUUACCAAUUAUCCCCAAAGAUAUCCUUGAUGAUUUUGACUUCUUUAAGGAUUACUUCCAUCGUUUCUUCUUCACAGAAGAAGAAUCCUUGUACUCUACUAUGGAGGAUCAAUUGAGAUUCUUGCAGCAUUUCUUUAGGCUGGAAGAAACUGGCUGGUUGGAUGAGCCAACAAAGGCCAUCAUAAGGCAGCCUCGAUGUGGGGUCCGAGAUAUUGCUGACUACUCAUUUUUUCCUGGGAAGCCCAAAAUUAAAAAUAACCCCAUAACUUACAGUGUCAUCAACUAUCCCAGGGGCAUGAGUCCUAGGACAGUUGAAAGGAUCUUGCGGAAGGCAACAGAAGUCUGGAGCAGUGUGACACCCCUGAAGUUCCGAAGAGUGUAUGUAAAAGACUCUGACAUUGAGUUUGCUUUCCUAUAUGGAGAUCAUGGAGAUGGCUACCCCUUUGAUGGAAAAGGAGAAAUCCUAGCUCAUGCUUUUGCCCCACAUCCUGUCUACCAAGGAACUAUCCACUUUGACAAAGAUGAAGAUUGGUCACAUUCUGAAGAGGGAAUCAACCUCUUCCUGGUGGCUGUUCAUGAAAUAGGCCAUGCCCUGGGUCUACGACACUCUCAGGAUUCUGACUCCAUCAUGUACCCCAUCUAUCAAUAUCAAGACCCAAAACUCUUUAGACUCAGUGAUGAUGAUAUAAUAGGGAUCCAGACUCUUUAUUAA